GAAAAUAGAAAUCGCAUUCGGCUCAGUUUCCGGAGGACCGAGAUUGCGACGGACAACCAGGAAGAGACUGGGCUGGGAGCUGUUCUAGUUUUUUGCGCUGCUCUUACGGGCGCCUCGCGGGGUGUCUACGCCGCGGUCCCACGGCCAGCGUGGCCCUUACCCCAACCUCGGCUACGGCCCGGACAGGUCGUUCAGAGUCACCAUGUCGUCCGACUUCGAAGGGUACGAGCAGGACUUCGCGGUGCUCACUGCAGAGAUCACCGGCAAGAUUGCCAGGGUCCCCCGACUCCCGCCUGAGGAGAAGAAACAGAUGGUUGCAAAUGUGGAGAAACAACUUGAAGAAGCAAAAGAACUGCUUGAACAGAUGGACUUGGAAGUUCGAGAGAUACCACCGCAAAGUCGAGGAAUGUACAGCAGUAGAAUGAGAAGCUACAAGCAAGAAAUGGGAAAACUUGAAAAAGAUUUUAAAAGGUCACGGAUCGCCUACAGUGACGAAGUACGGAAUGAGCUCCUAGGGGAUGAUGGGAAUUCCUCAGAGAACCAGUUGAUAAAAUUACGUGAAGAGAGGGCACAUCUGCUCGAUAACACAGAGAGGCUGGAAAGGUCAUCUCGGAGACUAGAGGCUGGAUACCAAAUAGCAGUGGAAACUGAGCAAAUUGGCCAGGAGAUGUUGGAAAACCUCAGUCAUGACAGAGAAAAGAUACAGCGAGCACGUGAAAGACUUCGGGAAACAGAUGCUAACUUGGGGAAAAGCUCCAGGGUUCUGACAGGGAUGUUGCGAAGAUGUUUGUUCCUGGCUGAUACUUAUUUGAUGACACACACCUGCUCGGUAGAUGAAAAAGAACUGCUCCUGGAGAUGACCUACUUCAGGGCACAGGAAGCUUCUGAGGACACUGGCAGGUUAUCAGAUCAUUUGACUGCAUCUCAAUAUCACCUGUUGAACAUACGUAACACUAGUGGGUAUAUGCAGACCCGUGAGAGACCGAGUUGCUAAACCCAAGUCAGUAACUACUUUGUAAGUGUACUGAGACUGGGAAGGUACAUGGCUUUGACAAACCUCCUCUGAGUGUGUAAACUGCUGUUCUCAGCACUGGGGAUGGAAUCAGCCCAGGAACCCGCCAUCACAGGAAAGCGUAUGUAUGGACCAAGGUAGAAGACAUGGGCCCAGUGUAGAAGGUAUGGAGGGUGAGGGUCAGAGUUGAGGGGAAGACUGAUGAAGGAAAUUCCACUGGAGUGUUCUGGGAGUUUAUGGGACAGAGAGAGAUUUCCAGUUGAGAUCAGAGAAGGACAAGGGUCGUGUGAAAUGCAUGAAGACACUGUCAUCAAAUUUUUCUUUGAAGCCAAUUGUCUUUACAUGUUCAUUUCCAUUUCACAAACAUUUAUUAACAUCAGUUGUUGUGACAAAGCAGGUCUUAGGUAGUGAAGAUACAAAUAUCUGAUCUCCCUAUAUUUACAGUCUAGUGAGAAAGCUUACAUGAACAAAAAGUUUAUUAUAAAUUUAAAUAUACUGUACCAACAGAGGUACAUAGGAGUGCUUAGCCUUGUUGGGCUUCUUGGAGUGGGUGACCCUGGCCUGAGUUUUGAUGAAGACUAAGUGUAAGUUCACCAGGAGAAGGGUGACCAGGGGUUAUGGAGGCAUUAACAAUAUGCUGUGCUCAGGAGCUACAAAUUGUUCUGUUUACUCGAGCAAAGAAGGCAAGGUGUGAUCCCGUGGUACCUUAGAGAGGCUAUAGCUUCCCCACCCAUCCCACGAGCCCCUCAUCCCCACCACUUCCAGACCCACCCCAAGCAGACAUGUCGUCACGGUAAGAGUGCCGUGCUCACUGCAGAAGGCAGCUUCAUGACAAGUUCCGUAGCACCCCUUGCUGCCAUUUAGCCUCUCUGUGUGGACAAUCUGGAGUUUCCACUGAGGGGACGCUGACGCACUCCUGAGGAGUAAAAAGCUCAUAACUGAAGUGGGGCAUUACUCGUUGAUCUAGAAGGACUCUUUACCCAUUACUUAUUUUUUAUCAUUUUUUUUAUUGUAGAAUAUAACAUAUGUACAUAGAAAUGACAGCUUUCCAUGUGCAAUUUAACAAGUAGUUAGAG